GAUAGCGGUAAUGUCGGUUCCUACACAGCCAACAGAGGGGUUUCAUUAUGAUGAGCUAUCCAAGAUACGAGUGAUUGAACCAAAAAUUGCGACUGACACAGAGGAGCUCAAGGAUGAAUGCAAGGAGUUUGUAGACAAGAUCAGUGAGUUCCAGGGUCUGGUGGGUAGCUUCAUAGGAAUGGUGGAUGGACUAGCCAAGCAAGUGGAGAGAGAGAAAAUGAAGGCCAUUGGUUCGCGGAAUCAUCUGAAAUCAAUCGCUAAAGAAAGAGACUCGCAAAAGCAGCAACUUCAAGCACUCAUCGCUGAAAAGAAAAUGCAAUUAGAGAGAUACCGUAUACAGUAUGAGUCCCUGCUGCAAGUGGAGAAGGAACAAACGGAAUUUUUUGAAGACUUUGGCAUUAAGUGAAAAUUAACUUAAUGUUUAUCAACAAACUUUAGAGAGUGCUGUACCAAUAAUAUUCUCAUUUCUCAUUUCUAUGACAUCUGUAGGACACAAUAAUCUUUACAGUUUCAGUUUGCUUAAUUAUUGAACAUCAUCAGUUUAAUUUGUGUGAACAACACUGUAAUGAUAUCACAGAUGGUAUGA